AUGCCCAGCCUAGACUACAUUUUAUGCCUACUUUCCGCCACAAUUAUCCUUAAAAAUUCUAGCCUCAUCGCAACUCAUCAUUCAGCAGAGCGAUCCAUAUUUGGUCCUGGAUUUCCACCCACAACGAUCGACAUCGCUUCCGAGGAUGCCAAUGAUAAGUCACCUCGAAUGUGCAAAGUAUGUAGGCCGGAGCCUGACGCUUCAGUAGAGGCAUAUAUUUUAUGGGUUACUGCAUUUCUGACCUUGAAAUGCCGAGUCCGACGUCAAUCCUCAGGCAGUAUUGCCAAAUCUUCCAGUUCCCAGUUUGCCAGAAGCUCGAUUGAGUCUAAAGACCGCCGGUAUCAAACGAAGUGUUGUUUCUCCCCUGGAUUAUAUCAAAGCUUGUCAUUUCUCCCGACCCAGCUUAAGCCUGCCUUCUGCCUAGAGACGGUCUUAUUCCCAAGUGAGCAAUUUUGUCGAAUUUACAGCGGACAGACGUUGCCUCGUUCUGGUGGUGCAACGUUCAGGCAGCGUAUAGCCUGUGGCAACCUUUUAUGCAAGUUUUAA